AACAAAUGUAUCUUAAUUAGGGGAAGCAAGGAACGUCUCUUGUUGGACACGCGUUGAGUUUUGGUUUAUCUCCAUGUCUCUCUCGACUGUUGAAUCACGAAGUCGGUUGAUCUUCUCCACCAUUCAAGGCUCCGACUCUCUCUGUGGCUCUCAACUCCCACCGAUCCUUCCUCUCUCCGCUGCGCCGCUUGUGGCUGCCAUCGUAACUUCCACCACCGGAAUCGCCGCCGUCUCAGUCGCUUCACCACGUCCUCAUCAAUCGCCGCCAUCGAUCGUUCGUCUUACUCUUAUUGAAAGCGUUGCUAGAUGGCGUUUUUGCUAAACAACAUCUCAAUUGCAUCUCACCUCCGAUCUUCUUCUCAGGGAUCUUUUAAGGAGGAGACAAGAUGAGAUUGGUCAAGUGUUGGUUCUGCUCUUCUACGAUAUAUCCAGGACAUGGAUUAUAAUUGCACUGUGGAGUUCUUUGCAUCACCUUUCUUGGCUUCACGAGAAGCAGCUUCUUUGAGUUUCAAGAAUGUAAGAGACAAAUUCUCUAUGUUUCUUUGAUUUUGUGUCAAAAUGUUUUUGUCUCUUGAUUGCUUCGUUAUCAUAUUUGUCUUAGAUAAUGGUCUGGUUGAUUCUGCUCUUGUUUAGUUGUUUUAAAAGAUUCUGAUUGAGCUGAUAACGGUUGCUAAGUAACUAAAACGCCUCUGUGUAAAACUGAUAGUUUAGAAUUUUGGUAGAUAGAUGUAUAGAGUUCUUUUUGUUUCCAUCUCUUAUACUCGGCUUUGUUCAUAUAACAUCUGUUGCACAAGUAAUUGUUCCCAUCAGUUGCGGUCUCGGUUCUUUUGAUCAUUAAGGAUAUGAAAUAGAUUAGAUGAGGUUGUCUUUGCUGGGGAUAUUUUACUGAUGCUUUUUGUUUGAUAAGAAAAAUUAAAAAAAAUUUGAUGUUUACUUUAAAAAAAAAAAAAUUAAGAACCUUUUGUUAAGAGACCUGCAUUGGAGCAAGUAAAUUUGUGGGUCUCUUGAUCCAGUCUGUUAAUUCACUUUUACAAUUAAAAAGUAUUAAAAAUUAAAUAAGAGACCCAUUUAGGAUAUGUGGGUUAAUGAUGUUCUUAUGAUGCAAAUGCAUAAAAUAAUAUAAAUAAUUUUUUAAGGAAAGAUCUAUUUUAAAAUAGAGUCAUUAACAUAUAUGGUCACAUUGUGUGACUUUAUUACAUGGGAGAGCACUUAGUGCUACUGAGGCACUUUUUCACGGUUGAAGACUCUGCUGCCCUCAAAAAAGCGUAACCAAGCAUGGACAUUUGUGUAAUUGUGCUUUCAGUAACUGGUUGGUCUGGUUUGUAAUUUGAAAUUCAAAAAAAACAGGUGUGUUGAAGCCGGACGCAAACCGUAAGUUAAUUUAGUUUUUGUAUAAACCUACGGGCCCGUGUUAUUUUACCAAGGGUUUCCGGUUAGUUUUUUUUACACGGUUUUUUCUGUAAAAGUAAAACGCGAAGGCGAGGACGGAGAUAGGCAACGAUUUGGUUUUUUUGCGGCGGGCGGUCUAACGGGGUUCAGAAAAUCUAGAGGAGGAUGUCGUCGCGAAAGAAGAGGGUUGCAAAGUCUGGGGGGAAAGAGAUAGGGCAUCCAGAAGAGGUGGUGGGGAAUCAGAAGUUACCAUCUCGAUUAUUUGUGACUGACAGAUAUCCGAGCAAACGCGUCAAUUUGAAUGCUUCACUGGAGUACCUUUUACUGGUUAGAGAUGUGUUGGAAGGGACCGACGAAAUGGAGAGGCUGCUAGGGUCUUGCUUUGGAGCUCUAUUUAGGUUGCCGGUGAGGAGGUGUGCUUUCUCUGCGAAGUUAGUUCACGGUUUGCUAACGAGGCAGCUUGUAACAAAGAAAAGGUUAGAGUUGUGGCCUGUUUUUGGAGGUGACCCUAUGAGAUUUUCACUGGCCGAAUUUGGGCAUGUGACGGGUCUUCCGUGUGGAGAGUUUGAAGAGGGGUACGUGGUUGACGACAAGGCGCGGCAACCCAAAGGAGAUUAUGUUUUUUGGGACAGACUUUUGGGUGCAGGUAGGCGUGACAUAACAAUCGCAGAAGUGGCUGCAAUGAUUGCAGGUGAUAAGGAGAUGCCACCGACUCAGAAGCUGAAGUUGUGUUUGAUAAUCAUAGUUGAUGGAAUUUUGCUGGCUACAAAUCAGGAACCCAAGCCGUAUGUGAAGCAUGUUAAGCGUCUAGAGAAGCUCGAUCGAUUCCUUUCAUUUCAGUGGGGCCGGGAGUCGUUUUGGUGGACUAUAAGCAGCAUGAUUCCGCCGGCAAAGGUGAUUGGUAAAUGCGACGAUCCGAACGGUGUAUUCUGUAGGAAGCUUCGGCAAGAGACCAAAGUCCUGGCCGGGUUCCCUUGGGCAUUGCAGCUGUGGGCAUUUGAAGUGAUACCAGGCUUAAUUGCUCGCCUUGGGGGGAAGGACGAGCAGACAUUGCUGACUUAUGGCGGGGAGAAGCUUCCUCAACACACGGGGUUGGGCUUGGUGGAUGUGCUACACGCUGAGCAUGACCCAAAAGUAACGGUGCAGCCGAUGUAUGAACCUGGGGGUGAUAAAGAGGACGGUUGGGGGGAGUUUGACUGUGAGAUAUUGGACAGGAAAGUGGCGUACAUGGUUGGCUAAGUGAAGGCUGGGCAUAAAUUCAGCAAAGGCGAGUGGGUGGGUGGUGACGCGGAGGAGCCAAUCUACAAUCACGAAGAAGCAACAAAGGACAAGAAGAGGAAGCCAUCUAGGGGUCCAAGCAGAGAACAAGAAGGUCCUGCGCUGAAGCAACGGAGGCUUAGUAGGUUUUUCAGCAGGAAAGUGCCUGGCGGAGGACAUGAUGUUGCAGAAUUGCAGGCUAAAGUUGAACAAUUAAGCAAAGGGUUUGCGAGUUUGGAGAAGGUAGUUGGGAAGCAGGCUAGGUUGUUGAAGAAACUAUUGGCGAAGAGGAAAUCCAAGUUUUCUAACAGUAAAUUGAGUGGUCUCGGAUUGAAGAGGAGGGAGGGCAGGCGUGGGGGCACGAAGCCAAAAAAGUUGUUUGACGGAUUGGUUCUGAUUGUAGCAGCGAUGAGGAUGGAGACGACCGUAUGAAGGAUACUGCUCCCUUGCAGGAUGGCCCAGGCCUGGAGGGGAUGGAACCAGAAUUGGUGGCAGACCCGUCUGGCAAGAAGGAACAAGAUGUUGUUCCACUAGAAGCGGUAUACAACGGGGGUGUGGACAAAGAGGGUACAAUGAUAUUUUUUGGGAGCGGGAGCAACACUUUCUACGUAACUGAAGAUGAGGAUGAUGAUGUUGGUUCCUUAAGAGGAGAUGACGGGGAUGGUGGAGGUAUUGGCACUGAAGAGGAUUUUGGUGAACUAAAUAAACUCGUGGGAGUUAUCACAAGGGAUGCUUUGAUUACUUCCCCCGUUCAGAAGGUGUGUGAGGACCAUACAUUAGGAAAGGAGCCUGAAUCUAAGGAGAAGUCAGCUGCAGAAGAAAAGGGAGAUGUGGGAGAAACGGAGGUUGAGAAGGUGACAAUUCAUCAGGAGAAGGAUGAAGCCAUAGAGGAGGAAGCUGUUAAGGAGGGGCGCUUUAAGGAGAAGGAGGAUGGUGGUAUUGAAGAUGUUGGUGGGAGCGAGGGAUUAGUAAAUGUCGCUGAUGAGGAGAAGGGAGAUGUUACGGGGACAACAUGCGAGGUGGGUGCGCCUGAUGGGGUUGAAGGUGGAAACGAGGAUGAAAGUGCUGAGGAUAAGAUGUUGGCAAGAGAGGAAACUAUGGUGGAGUUAAGUGAUUCUUCUCCAUGCCCUAGGAGUGAGAAGCAUAAGCCAGUUGAGAAGGAAGCCGACUUGGCGGCCCUUUUGUUGGCUAAGGAACGAUUUACGAUGGAUAAACUCGUUCCUGAGGUGGAGGAUACUUAUUAUGCUUUCUUUGAAAGUGUUUUGGUUGCGAAUCCUAAAGUGCUCCAUCUUAAUGCAGGGGGCUAUAAUCUGGAAAAUCAGUUUUUCCUGGACUUGGCGGCUCUUCGGAAAUGGGUGUCAACAGAGCAUAUGGAAGCAUUGAUAGAUUACGUGGGGGUGAGGCAUGACGAAAGGCUGAGACAGAGGCGAUGCAUUUUCCUUAAGCCAUGGUUUGUAGCCCAUCUGCAUGGGAAAGCGCAUUCUUUCAAUGCUGCAAAGUUCAACAAAGGAAGGGUGGUUGGUGAUGGCAGGCUGUCAUCCUUCUUAACAAAGGAAGGAAAGAGAUGGGGAGAGGAUGUGGACACGUUGUACACUCCUAUGAUUUGGGAUGGGAACCAUUGGGUUGGGCUGUGCAUUAGUUUGACUGAUUGGAGGGUACUGGUGCUUGAUCCUAACCCUAAACUGAAGGAUAUGGGAGCAAUGCGUGGUUUGUUGGAUUCAGUAGCACAGAUGCUUCCGUAUUUGGUAGAGAAGGUAUGUCCACCACCAGCGGAAGGGGCGUACAAUUAUGAACGUUUUGCAGUGGAAAGAAUGGGGGGGAGUUACGAGAAUAGGCGGAGUGGUGAUUGUGGGCCUGUUGCUAUAAAGUUCAUGGAGCUCCAUGCUUUAGGAAACCCACACCCAAGGAUGGAUGGCUUGACGGAUGAUCUAGUGGACCUGAUUAGGAAGCAGUUUGCGAUGGACCUGUACAAGGACUGGGUUGUUCCUCUUUAUAUAGGUGAUGAGAUGAACUGAAAAGCUUGGUUGGUUUUAUUUUGUUGUUAUUGGUUGGAUGAUAUGGACGUGUAAGGGUACGUGUUGGAUUUAUAUAAUUAUGUUGAAUUUAUAUAUUUAUGAUAUGAAUGUUGGAUUUAUAUAAUUUUGUUGGAUUUGGGUUAUCUGUUGGUUU